AUGCAAGGAUCAAGAAUACUCGCCGCAUUAAUUUCGCUCCUUGUUCUGGCCACAUCUCCAAUACUAGCAGCCACACCAUGCUAUUCAACAAACAGCUCAUUUGCUUGUGAUUCAGCACCAUCCACCCUCAUAACUACCUUCAAUUCGUCCAGCACGUCUGGAAAUCUGGCUAAAGGAUCCACAGCUGUUGGAUAUAUGAGACUGACAUAUCCAUACUCUCCAACCACGUAUGAAACUAUCCUUGGAACCAAUCUUACCACGAUGAGCGCUACAUUCUAUCCGCGGGUGGAUGAAUUGAGUUCGUUAUAUAUCAACUCGAGCUGGCUCACCAUGACCAACCUAUCCAACUCGGGAAUUGUAGCCAAAGUGUCAUUCGACGUCUUAUGGAAUGGAACCCUUUUCUCAACAUCUGGAAAACUCUUGUUUCAGUCCACGGCAGUCACUGGUAGUUCUGCAGCUGCUUUGGCCUAUGUCAGAAAUAGGACGGCCAUAGUGUCUCUUACUGGAGGAGCAGUUUCGGGUAUCGAUUGGGAAGCCACCUCAUGCACAGCAUCGUCAUGUGCUUGUGUAGAUGGUAUCUGUGGAGAGACAUGCUCGAUUUCCAACACCAAUAAUUGUAAUAUACAGAUAUAUCUGGGAUGGGCGGGAACAGACAUCAGUGGAAAUGUCCUAACUAGUGCCAGCCGAUCUGUGUGGCGGUUCAUGAAUGCAUUCUAG